UCGGGUGCGGGUCAUAUAAUGAUGGUUGCCUAUAAAAUCAAUAUCAAACUCGGAACCCUAAUUCCCUCAUUUUACUCCGCCUCAGAUCUCCGUCUAAACAGGCAUGACUACCAAGCAGCCAAACACUGGCCUCUAUGUAGGACUGAACAAGGGCCACAUUGUAACCAAAAAGGAGUUGGCUCCACGUCCCUCUAAUCGAAAAGGAAAAACAAGCAAAAGAGUCCAUUUUGUGAGGAGCUUGAUCAGGGAAGUUGCUGGUUUUGCACCAUAUGAGAAGAGGAUCACUGAGCUUCUGAAAGUUGGUAAGGACAAGCGAGCACUCAAGGUAGCUAAAAGAAAGUUGGGAACUCACAAAAGGGCAAAGAAGAAGCGUGAGGAGAUGUCUAGUGUUCUCCGCAAGAUGAGGGCCCACACUGGAGGUGGAGAAAAGAAGAAGUGAAGCUUAUUUUCUUGACUUGCUCUCGCUGUUGACAUGUUCGACUGUCUCUCAUUUAGGAGCUGUUAGAGAAAUUUGUUUAGCAUAAUGUUUUGCUGAAAACUAUGCACUGGAACUUGUUUUAUUUGAAUUAGAGCUGAGAAAUUGGAAAGUUUGUGUUUGUUGAAAUUUAAUGUUAUCUUUACUAAGAAAUUUUCAAGUUAAAUUUUCGUUAAAAAAUCAAUGAAAUGCGAAAUGGUUCCAGUUAUAAUUUA